GUGUGAUUAUUUGUCUGUGGGAUUUCUUACUUCAUAAAAUUAAAAUUCGUAUAUUGAAGUCCGAUUAUUCAUUAUUUACAGGCCUUCAUUUGUUUUACUUAAUUAAUUAACUGCAUUAAAAAACCAUGGCUGCCGCUGCUAAAUUACCGUCUCUGGUCAACUCGGCUAUCACAGCAGCGAAGCCCAAGUUCAAUAUAUUUUUGCAGUACGCCAAAGUGGAACUGACUCCACCCAAACUUAGCGAUAUCCCACAGAUCAGAGCUGGUAUCGGCAAACUGUUGUCCAACGCCAGGUCAGGGGCGUGGAAGAACUUAACAGUGAAGCAAGCGACACUCAACACGCUGGUGGGAAUGGAGGUGGUCUUCUGGUUCUAUGUGGGUGAAUGCAUUGGAAAACGCCACAUUGUUGGCUACAAAGUUUAAGAUCCUGUUACUGUACUGUAGAUAAUAAUGUAUAUUAUGGCAAAGUAAAUUAUUAAAACACAA